AGUGUCAGUUUACACAAAACGUUGUUGAGAGAAUGCAGAUUGAAGAUAAUUGCAACUAGUGUAUAUUGAUGUGUUUGUGAUCUAAUCUCAGAGGGUUACGGUUACGAUUUAGCGAAGAUUCGCUUGAUUUAUUUACACAACUAAAUUUCAAUGUCAACACUCGGAGUAAUCACUGACAGAGUGAUGCCCUGGAUAGCAGCUAGUGGCCGACUGGGCGAAGGCAAAGUGAAGUUUCUGAGGUGUGAAUUUGAAGACGGUUCUUCGGGUGAGGCUCAGUUCGCUUCUUCAGUGUGUUUCUUAAUGGCGGUGUUUAAGGGUGAUCAAGGGCUGGUGGAACAGCCGAUGUUGGUCAAGAACAGUAUGGAAGACAAGCUAACUCGGGUCUGGCUCAAUUUAGAUGAACAGUUUCGGAAUGAGGUGUUCAUGUAUGAAAAAGUUCUUCCCUUACUAGACAGAAACGACACGAUAAUUACUAUAUUCCCUCGCUACUUCUACGGCACGGCUAGUGAAACUGACAAUCCUUCUGAAUACACGAUAGUUCUUGAAGACUUACGAAGAUCAGAGUUUAAAUUAAGCCCAGAAAUCCUUGAUUUGGACUUCCCGCACUGUGCGCUUGCUUUUAGAAAACUGGGUGCUUUUCAUGCACUGUCUUUUGCAGCUAAACAGUCAAAUCUGAACGACUUCACCAAGAUUGUAGAAAAUCUGGUAGAAACAAGGUUCCUGGAGUAUAAUUGGGAAGAUGCAGAAUAUAUGUAUGCUGGAGCUUUAGACAGAGCUGCAGGUCCUCUCUUGGAAAAUGGUGAGAAGAUUGAAGAAAUAAAUCAUUUCAAAAAUAAACUUAAGAAUAGUCUUGUGUACUUGAAAAGUAUUUUAACUGUCCAAGAACCUAUGGGUGUCAUCUGCCAUGGAGACUUUUGCAGAAAUAAUGUUUUAUACAAAUAUGAAAAUGGAUCUCCAAUCGACGUUAAGUUCUUUGACUUGGGUACUUCAAGAUACGGGUCUCCCAUGUUGGACUUCACUUUCUUCUUUUUUCUAAAUUGUUCGGAGAAGUCACGGAAACUUUACAAAGACGAGUACCUAAAGAUCUAUCAUGACUCUCUCUCAACAACCGUACCUGGAGUGAAGGUUCCUUCUCUAGAGGACUUGAAAGAGGAAUUUCGCCGUAAAGCUGUCUACGGGUUCAUAAUCUGUUCGUUCUUCAAGCCUAUCUGUAUGGAUCCUGCGCCUUUUGACCCAAUUAAACAAUCACGAAAACCAUUGGAAUUGCGAGCAAGAAAAGGUCUCAACUAUGGAGGCAAAAAGGCAACUGAGGUAACAGCCAAUAUGCUGCGGGAGUUGAUUGACUUAAAAUGUGAAAUAUGAUAUGGCUUGAUCCAGAUAACUGUGUUUUUGUUCAUCUAUGUAAAAAAAUCAAAUUAAUAUAAAUGAUAAGGUUUUGAAUGAAUGGUACUUUAACCUUUU